UUGAAGACUCUAAUAAGACUCUUGAGAUAUAAGUAUGAAUACUCUACCACUAUUGAUUGUAAUUCUUGUUGCCAGUUCUGAAACUAUUCAAGGUAUGAACUUGUGUUUAAUUUGUUGACUAACAGAGCAACAAGUUUACUCCCUCAGGCUGCAUUGAUGGAAAGGUACAGAGACUAGAUGAUGGUAGAAUCAAUAUUUGCUCUGAUCAAGAAUGGAAAACUGUGUGUGAGAAAAACCCUGAUGGAAGAUGGAAUGUCCGUAAGACUAAUGUCGUCUGCAGACUGCUCGGCUACGAAGAUAAUGGGGCAACUGUGAAUCGAAUGUGCUCAAAUAAAACUGCUCAGACUGAUUACGUUGAAGUUCUAAAGUGCAGUGGAACUGAGAAUUUUCUCGAAGAAUGUGGAAUAGCCUCAACUGAUUUUGAGGAUUGUCGAAGUAAUAAUUGCAAUAAUAGUCAGCAAAGAAUUCCUCUAAUAACUUGUCUACCAGUGAACUGUACUAACGGGACCAUAAGACUGGUGGGUGGAUCCACUGACAGAGAGGGACGAGUGGAGGUGUGUGUGGGUGGUCGCUGGGGAACUGUUCAAACAAACAAUUUGCAAAUGGUUGAGUUUGUUUGCUCUACACUGGGUUUCCCAACUGAAGAUUCAAAAGCAGUAACUACUCUUGGCCAUGGAACAGCUCCAAUAAGAAGCUGUGUAAUAAAUAACAGCACCCUCCACUGUGUGGACAUUGCGGAUGAAGAUUCCUUUGAACUUGGAGUUGUAUGCAAAACACACAUUGGUGACUCAUGUAAUGAAAGCUGUGCCUUGAGAAGAUUGAUUACGUAUACUGUGAUUGGUCUUCUGGUGAUUGCACUCAUGGGACUUGCUAUUGUAACUUGCUGUGUGUUGGGGAAACAGUACAGGUCACAGAAACAGCAACAAACAGAGUACAACAUUUCUCAUGUGCAAGAGCUCUCGACAAUUCAACCACAACUGAACAACCCAGUGGACAAUGUGAGCAUGGAACCAAAUAAUGCAUACAGCUCCAGUGGACCCAUUUACGAACAAGUUGCCAAUGGCAAUGAACAAGAGCACACCAACUCAAUGCUUGAACGCGACAACAGCCCAGAUUAUUGCUCAACUCAGCUCAAUGCUAUAGAUGAGGAGGAGAACUACCAUGUAGUGGAGAGUGAAGGGUGUGAGGGUGUGGAGGGGGCGGGCUGUGAUGGUGUGUACAGUGAGGUUAAUAGCGACGAGGUACCAAACGAUGUCGAGGGAAAUGGACAGCAAGGUGUGGCUGUGUGAAUUAUGAGGAGUACUCCAUACUCAAGCAUUGAGAAACUGAACAUUAACGUAAACUUGCAUUAUUGUGAUCAAAAGUUUAUAGAGGUCUUACAAUUCGUGUGAGUGAGUGAUGUGAGGUAGUUACUAUAGAGUUGUGAUUGGAGUGAACUUUAAAGUGGUUCUGAUAUACAUGUGAUUUUAUGAUGUAGUCCAAGUGGAAUUCAGUUCCUAUAUGCGAUAUAUGAGUUACAUGCAUACACGUCACGUACACAGACAUACUGUGGCCCUUCAAGUAAUGCUAGCAUAUUGCUAGAUAAUAGUAAUAAUAA